AUGGAUGAUCUGCAGCCUUUCACCUUUGCGGGCUCGUCUCGACAUACCCCUUCAGAGCACAAAACAAAGUCCGCGCCGCUGGACCGGCCCUCGUUCACCUUCAUUGAUCACGACGAUGAUUUGACUUCGAAGAGAAUCAAGGAUGUCAAUGCCCGUAAGGCCAUUCGCUCUCAUGUCAUGCGCGAUGUACGUCGACGGGAGAGACUGGCCGGAUUGAAACGUACAUCGAGACAGAACCGUGGACAAAAUGCCUCUAAGGUCGUUGACAGCAAUGAACACAGCGUUGUUCUACGGGCGUCGUCUCAGUCCUCAAAUCCGACACUUCUGAGUGAUCCCGAUAGCCUUCUGCCUGCAAUAUACCAAAGAGGACGCCCAGACAGAUGGAGCGCUGGGUAUCCUUUGCCUCUCCACUCGACCCCUAACCCUCCCCGGACAUGGUUCCUAGAUCCUUUCUUCACAUUGCCAGGUACUACUAGACUGGCCUCGGUGGUUGCACCUUUGUUAUACCACUGGAAAACAGUAUUUGUCCCAAUGACAUUUCCCAACACAAGCCAAAAUGGGACCAAAGAAAUGGAGCUGAUGGUCCGCACCUCAUUCUCGGAUCCAGGCAGUUUCUUCGGUCUGAUGAGCAUGUGUGCUGCACACCGAGCUGUGGUUGCAAGUCAGCAUUCAGGGGUUUUUGAUUCAGAGACUGGCCGAGAAGCCUUACUUGUCGAUGAUCCUGACUACUGCACGAUGAAAGCAAUGUCUUUUCAAGAAAUGAGCGCCAAAGUACGGGAUCCGACUCGUCAACUCAGUAACGAGGCGAUUGAUACCAUCAUCAAUCUUCUCACUGGUUCGCUCAUCAUUGGCGAGUUCAACGAAGUCCAUACUCACCUAACAGGGCUGAAACGUAUGGUUGACAUGCGAGGUGGAAUCACCGACGAUAGCAUCCGUUCCUCUUCAAUGCUAGCUGCCAUUAUCACGACUGACGUCAAGGCUGCCUCAGGCCUAAUGACCAAGCCUGUUUUCAAUUUGACAUGGGAUGCCCAGCCCAUUCCGUUGGAUAUCCAGGUGCGAAUUCGGCCGCCUGCGUCGUCGCCUCUCCAGCGUCUAGGAUCGGGUUUCUUUGCCAAUGCCUUUCUCAGUCCUUCUCUACUGCAAAUCUUGCGUGUCCUCCGAGACAUGGUAUUCUUCAGUAUCGCUCAACAGACUAAUCCAGCAGUGAUACAUGCAAGCGAUCACGACUUCUUCCGCGUUCUGAACUGCGAAGCAGAGCACCAGCUGCUCAGUUACAUAUAUACAGACAAAUCUCCCGACCCGGAAGCUAGUCUGCAUCCUGUUGAGGGGGUCAUCAGAGUGGCCUCUAUAUGUUUUCUCAACCAUAUUCUCAUCGUCUCCCCUUCAUCGUCAGGAUUGGGUCGAGCCCUGACGAAGCAUCUCAAGACGGCAGCCACCAAGUGCGAUCUGUCAUUUCUUUGGGAACUACCGAAGGAAAGCAUUCAGGCCUACGUCUGGGCGUUGUUCAUUGGGGCCCAGGGCUCUCUUGGUCAUAUUGAAAGACCCUGGUUUGUGGAACGCUUAGCCCGUGUCUCAAUGAUCUACGGAUGGCAAUCUUGGGAGCAAGUUUCUCUCAUGUUAGCUGACUAUUUCUUUGUUGACUUUGACAGCUUGGAUUGGCGUACGAUCUGGGAUGAAGCAAUGACCGGGUUCGUGAUGUCUGAGUCGGAGGAAUCAGAGCUUUCUCAUCUUCUAGGGACGGGUCUGGUUGAUUUACUUUAA